AAUUGUUAACAUGUGUUAAUAUUAUUAACUGUAUCAGUAAAGUCGGCACAUUCGUUGCCAUGGCAAUGAAAUAUAAGUCGUCGGAUAGUCGUAAAGUCCCCGCUCAACCACCACAAUGGAAUCAGUUUCUAAUCUGCUCUGUUUGUGAGAAUGAGUUCAAUCGCACCGAUCGUUGCCCGAUAAGUCUCGGGUGUGGACAUACUGUAUGUAGGGGUUGUCUUGGUGACUUGAAGCACCCUCAGUGUCAGUUCGACCAAAAUAGCAUCACAUGUGAUAUCUCGGACCUCCCCGUUAACUCCGCUCUUCUGCUUCUCGUUCCCGAAGAGGAGAGCCACAAGGGGUCAGUAGAGAUGCGAGGUGUCUCACAGAAAGGAAAGGAGAACUUCCACCCUGGGAAUAUCGCUCAGUGCGUUAAACUUUACGACAAAUCCAAGAAACAUAUUGAAGAAUUGGCUUUGUUGCUAAGACCAAACAAAGGAAACGAACUAAGUCGGCCGAUGCAAAGGAAGUUAGUUGCUUUGAUUAAUUGUCAACUGGUUGAAGAGGAAGGCAGGAAGCGAGCUCUCCGUGCAGGGCGUGCACUUGGGGAGCGUAGUGCAACUGAGCUGAUACUUUUGCACCAAAACCCAACAACGCUGUCUGCGAGUUUGUGGGCAGCCGUCCGUGCAAGGGGAUGCCAGUUCCUCGGCCCUGCCAUGCAAGAGGAAGCUCUCAAGUUGAUCCAUUUCACCUUCGAGGAUGGGUCGGAUUCAUCUGAGCUCAGUAGGAAAGUUUUGGUGCAGCUUGUUGUCAAGAAUCUUAAGACACAAUUCGCGCAAGCGUCCAAGACGAGCAUCGGGCACGUGGUGCAACUGUUGUAUCGGGCCUCCUGUUUUAAAGUCACAAAGCGUGAAGGGAAUUCGUCAUUAAUGAGACUGAAGGAUGAAUUUCUAAGUUACGAGGAAUUGAGGAGAGAGCACGAUGCGCAGAUCGUUGAAAUUGCACGCGAGGCAGGGUUACGUAUUGCCCCUGACCAGUGGAGUGCGUUGUUAUAUGGAGACCAGUCACAUAAGUCAUACAUGCAGUCUAUUAUUGACCGACUGGCAAGUAAAUCCUCGUUCACCA